AUGAGUCACUCCUUUGGGUCAUCUCGCAAUUCAUUCCGUCCUACUGAACAACACAUGGAAAGAGAAGGCUCGUUUUCAGCCUCUCCUUCGUCAGCCGCUGCAGCCCUACUGUCCGACUCACUUUUCCCACCUAGAAAACCAAAAGGAAUGGUGGAAGACGAUGAAGACGACGAAGACGACGAGGAAUCAGACAGCCGUCCGAAAGAGGAUCCCUUGGCAACACAAGUUUGGCGAUUGUACACCAAGGCAAAGGACAACCUACCGAACGGCUCCCGACUCGAGAACCUGACCUGGCGGAUGAUGGCUAUGACGCUCAAAAAGAAGGCCGAACGCACAGCUCAGGCUCAGGCUGACAGUACAGACUCUCCCCCGCCUCCAGAUGACACCACAGCUCUGCUGUCUUCUUCUGCACCUCUUUAUGGACAGCAAAUGCUAGGGUAUCCAAAGCAUGAUCCAAAUGUGCUGGUGUAUGGAUCUGCACGCGCCUCGUCCCUUAGCACACCUUAUUAUUCCCAUGGAGGUGGCACUUCCAGUAUAACUAUUCCAGCAGACUCGGAUAUGGAUUAUCAGCCAGAAUCUUUUAUCGAUCUUUCCAGCCAUCCCUCUUACCCCUCUUAUCAUUCAUCUGGUCAGCAAUUUGGACUUUCUCAGACACCGCUCACACCAACCCAGCCAUCUCAACCCAACACAUUGUACCCUACACAGUCAGUCACCGCAGAAAAAUAUAAUGGACCUGUUCAUGCCGGUGCUCUUAGCUUUGAAGAAAUUCUCAAUAUAUACUAUAAUACUCCAAAACCAUCCAUUGCAGAAUCACCUUCUGUGGAAACACCGCCACCACCACCACCACAACAACCACAACAACCACAACAACCACAACAACCACAACCACAGCCUCCAAAACCAAUAACAAUCUCAUCAAAUACGUCAAAUAUAACCACAGAGGGAGUCCGACAGCGGUCUGUAGGAAGUAUGAGUGCAUUUCGUAUCUCUCAAUCACCUGUCGAACACGAACCCUCCUUACGUCCUAUUCGUCAUCUUCCUGAUCGUGCGCUCGACCCCCCGUCAAAUACCUCGCCAGAUGACAGUAAAAGAGAUCCAUCUGCUGCUGUCAGAUGUACAAACUGCUCAACCACCACAACUCCCCUGUGGCGACGUAACCCCGAAGGACUUCCACUUUGUAAUGCAUGCGGACUAUUUCUCAAACUGCACGGAGUUGUUCGCCCUUUGAGUCUCAAGACAGAUAUCAUCAAAAAACGUAACCGGAGUGGAUCUACAGCUGCAGUGAAUACUAAUAAUACCACCACAAAUAUUAGUCAUAUUAGUCAUAUCAGUAGUAUUGGUAGUAUUAAUAUUAGUAGUAGUAACAGUAGUGGCAAUAAUAAUAAUAAUAAUAAUAAUAAUAAUAAUAAUAAUGAUAAUAAUAAUAACAAUAACAAUAGUAUUUUGGUUGGGAAUAAGAUCAACAAAGGCAAGACUCCUGCUUUUCUCCAAGCUGUAUAUUCCGCACCUUCCCCUGCUUCUUCAACUACUGCUGAGCCUAUUUCAAUUGACCCCACGCCUGUCAGUGGACUUUCGGUAUCACUUCCACACACCUCAGUUCGUAUUACAAGCGGCGGAGGUUCUGGGGGUCGACCACUGGCUGUCACUCCUGCCCAGUGGCCUUCAGAAACACUCAACAAACGCCAACGACGUAGGUCUCUGAGUGAUAAACGCCAACAAUCUAAACUGCAGUCUCAGACACAGUCACCUACUACUCCCGGAUCAUUACCUAACCAAUCUCCUUUUGGUGGUGGUGGUGGUGGUAAUGAAGGGUUCGGUAAGGUGCUUUUACCGAGAAGACAGCCGCCAUUUGUGUCAAUUGAACCCCAAAUGCAUGUGACCCACCAGAAUCCCUGGCCUACUACUCCAACACAAAUCGGUUCAUUUAGUCAGCCUUCUUUACAUCCAUCUUCAUUUCCUCUCCACCUUACCCCAGAUCAACUUCAGCAAUUGAUGAUGCUACAACAAGCCACACAAGCAGCAGCAGCAGCUACUGGGGGGAACAGUAUUGUAGGUGGAGGUGGAGGUGGAGGUGGGGGAAUAGAUCAUCAAUAUGAUUUUUCAAAAGAUGUAAUGGACUAUGAUCCUUCUCCGGCUGUAUUUCUCAAGCACUUCAUUAAGCACUUUGUUAAGCUAUAUGCUAGGCACUCAGGGGAGAAGAAAGCAAAGAUAUCAUUGUAG